AUGUUUACUGGUAUUGUAGAGCAGAUUGGUACUGUUUUAGAGUACCACAACUACGACGACUCUGAAAGUGGUGGGAAAGGUGUCUCUGUGACAAUCACCGAUGCUAGUCAAGUCCUAGGGGACUGUCAUAUUGGAGAUUCAAUCGCUAUCAAUGGUAUUUGCCUUACCGUGACUGAAUUCAACGAAAACACCUUCAAAGUUGGCAUAUCACCAGAGACUAUCAAGAGAACUAACGUUGCGUCAUGGACUAAAGGCUCGAAAGUCAACUUGGAAAGAGCUGUUUCACAGGAUGUUAGAUUUGGUGGACACUAUGUUCAAGGCCAUGUUGACACUGUGGCCACAAUUGUCUCCAAAGAGCCAGAAGGAAAUUCGAUCAUUUUUGGAUUCAAAUUACGAGACUCCGAAUAUAACAAGUUUAUUGUGGAGAAGGGCUUCAUCUGUAUAGAUGGUACUUCUCUAACAAUCAUCAAGGUUGACCACAAUGAAGCGUUCUUUAUUAGUAUGAUCAAGCACACACAGGAAAACGUUGUGAUGCCAUUGAAGAGUAUCGGUGAUGAGGUGAACAUCGAAGUGGACUUGACUGGUAAAAUUAUUGAAAAGCAAGUCACUCUAGCCCUAGAGAACCAGAUAGAAUUGAAGAGCAGUCCUUUUACCCAAAUGAUCGAGAGGAUUGUUGAAGAGAAAGUUGAGAAUUACAUGAAAAAUCAAAAAUAA